UAGUCAUUGAGUACAAUAAACUCACAGAGAUACAUUUCUUGAAGAUGCGGCGUCUUAAAAGAUUAGGACUUGAAGGAAAUAGAUUAGCAAAAAUUCCAAAUUUCUGUAAAUUUCACGACAGUUUAUUUCCAAAACUAGAGAUUCUUUCUUUGAGCGAAAAUAAUAUAGGAAAUAUUGAUAAAACGUCAUUUAUUUGUCUGCCUAAACUCGAGGUUUUAAAAAUGAGGGGCAUUUCCAUUGUUGAGUUACAAAACAAUAUAUUUUCCAGUCUUAAAAAAUUAGAACAAGUAAAUUUAGAAAAGAUCAAUACAUUAAAACGGAUUGAAGAUUUUGCAUUUAAUAAUAGUUUUAUAAAAAAGAUUUUUAUGACUAACUGUAAAUUUCGCUUUGACUUGGAAGAACGAUUUAACCACUCCACAAUCUUCAAGUUCUGUCCAAAUUUGAAUUAUUUGAAUCUUGGACUUAAUCAUUUGCCAAAUAAUGCAAGUGUUCUUCAUAGCAUGUUCAAACCACUUGAUAAUCUCGAGUCACUUCUGUUACAUUCCACCGGACUCAUUGAUUUACCAAGAAAUGUUUUUACCAAUUCAAGAAAGUUACGUAAACUGAAUCUUCAUGACAAUAGUUUACACAACUUUGAUCGUAGCAAAGAAAUAUUUGGUAAUAUCUCAUCCUUAAAAUCUCUAGAUCUCAGUUCUAACUUGAUUUCAACCAUGAAUAAAACCUCUCUGCCGUCUAUAUUACUGAAUACAUUGGAAAAAAUAAAUCUCGGAUCCAAUCCAUUUUCCUGUACAUGUGACCAAAAAUGGUUUUUGGAAUGGAUUAAACAAACCAAAGUAAAAAUCGUUGGUUUUCCACAACGUUACAAAUGUCGAUAUCCAAAUGAAUUAGAAGGUCAAUACUUGAAAAACUAUUACCCAACUGAUGAUAUUUGCAAUCCAUGGAAUCCGUUAUAUACUAUGGCUAUAGUUUUGUCCUUAUUUGGAUUAACAUUAUUAGCCAUUGUCAUUUGCACUUGGAUAUGUCAGAAUAAUAUCAAGAAUACUGUUUACCUGCUAAGAGUUGUUUACAAUCACAGACAAGGUCAUGUUACAGUCGAUGAACGUUUAAACUAUGAAUAUCAUGCAUUCGUUGUCUACUGUGAUGCUGAUCGAGAAUGGGUUCACAACGUUUUUUUGCGGAAAAUGGAAAGAGAUGAGAGAAUAAAACUUUGCAUUCACCAAAGGGAAUUUGAUGUCGGGGAAACUAUUACUGGAAAUAUUGACAAAUAUCUUGAGAAAAGUUGGAAAGUUGUUGUUGUGAUGUCAAAUAACUUCGCCAAAAGUGAGUGGUGUCAGUGGGAAGUUGAUGUAGUCCAGGAAAGACGACGACGGCAAGGAAAAGAUGCUUUCUUGUUAAUAAUGCUGAAAACAAUUGAUUCAAAGCACAUGACGAGUCCUCUGCGUACGUUGCUGGAAAGUACACCUCAUAUAAGGUACCAAACAGGCAUAGGAGAAGACCUGUUUUGGAAAGCCGCAGUAAAAACUUUACAAAAACCACUUGGUCAUCCACCUGUAGCAGUUCUAUAGUUCUGUGAUAUUGUUAUAAAAUU